AUGGCCAUGGGUGAAAACUCUAAAUUUGAUCUCUAUGUAGCAUUUUUUUUUGUGAGUAUUGCUUUCACUUUGAGUGUUAAUGCUGGCCAUGGAGGAGAUGCUGAAGCAAGCAACUUUGGGGGUCCUCAUGGGUGGAGGUAUGAUAAUGGUGACAAUACUGAUGAUUGUUCUUUUGAAAGUUGGAGGAGAUGUGAGAGUUUCUUUGGAAGGGGUGCUAGAAGUUUUGGCGUGGGGAGUAAUGGAGUGAGUCAUAGUGGAGAAGGAGGGUCUAGUAAUGGUGGAGGCCAUGAAGGCAAUGGUGGUAGUGCUGCUAAAGGAAGUGGGUCAAGUCACAAUGAAGUUUAUGGAGUUGGUGGUGGUAUAAAUGUUAGUGGUGGUGUUGGGAGAGGAGGAGGUGGUGGAGGGGGAGAAGGUGGAGGCCUUGGAGUAAGUUUAGGAUAUGGAGUUGGAGUAGGUGCAGGUGUUGAUUUUGGUGGUGGUAAGGAUGGAGGGAGUGAAGGUUCUGGAGGAGGAGGUGGUGGAGGUGGUGGUGGUGAGGGUGAAGGAUCAGGUCAUGGUAAUGGAUAUGGCUCAGGUGGAGGGGUAGGAGGCGGUGGAGGGGGUGGUGGCGGUGGAGGUGGUGUUGGGGGUGAAGGAUCAGGUCAUGGUAGUGGAUACGGCUCGGGUGUAGAGAUAGGGAUAGGAGGUGUUGGAGGAGGAGGUGGUGGCGGUGGUGGAGAAGGUGGAGGCCUUGGAGGAAGUUUAGGACAUGGAGGUGGAUCUGGUGCAGGUGCUGGUUUCAGUGGUGGUAAGGAUGAAGGGAGUGGAGGUUUUGGAGGAGGAGGUGGUGGUGGUGGUGGUGGGGGUGAAGGAUCAGGUCAUGGUAAUGGAUAUGGCUCAGGUGGAGGGGUAGGAGGCGGUGGAUGGGGUGGUGGCGGUGGCGGUGGAGGUGGUGUUGGGGGUGAAGGAUUAGGUCGUGGUAAUGGAUACGGCUCGGGUGUAGGGAUAGGGAUAGGAGGUGGUGGUGGCGGUGGUGGAGAAGGUGGAGGCCUUGGAGGAAGUUUAGGACAUGGAGGUGGAUCCGGUGCAGGUGCCGGUUUCAGUGGUGGUAAGGAUGAAGGGAGUGGAGGUUUUGGAGGAGGAGGUGGUGGAGGUGGUGGUGGUGGGGGUGAAGGAUCAGGUCAUGGCAAUGGAUAUGGUUCAGGAAUAGGGAUAGGAGGCAUUGGAGGAGGUGGUGGUGGCGGUGGUAGUGGUAGUUUUGGUGGAGGGUCUGGAUAUGGUAGUGGUUUUGGUUUUGGUGUAGGUGUUGGUGGAAUUGGAGGAGGAGGUGGUGGUGGGGGUGGUGAACGAGAGGGAUAUGGACAUGGUGAGGGUGGUGGCUUUGGUGUUGAUGGGGGUGCAACAGUUGGUUCUAAUGGUGAUAGGGGUGGCAAAGGGGUAGGCACAGAACAAGGUGCUGGCAAAGGCUACAGUGGCACUAAUGGGAUGGGCAUAGGAUUCGGAAUGGGCAUUGGAUUUGGGUUUGGCAUUGGAGGAGGUGGCGGAGCUGAUGAUACCAAUGACAAUGGUAAUGGUGAUCCCUAG